AUGAGGUGGAUGACACGAUAUUUUACAUUACCAAUUUUACUUGGUUUAUCUUUAACAAGUGUUAGUAUUGCUGUAUUAUACGUAUUGUACAAAAAGGUAAGUUGAAAAAUUAUUACAAAUUUAAGUAUUGUUAUUUUAUUUCAAUCAUUUUUUUAAUUUAAUAGGACGAAGAAGAUAUUAAAUCUAGAAAAAAUCAUGUUGAAAUUUCAAAAGGCUAUACAAUAGAAUAUAAAGUACCUAAACAAUUUGUACCUGCUAUUAUUGGAAGGAGUGGUUCAAUGAUAAAAGAUAUACAAAAUAAAACAGGAACACAGAUUCAUUUCAAAGAAGAGAACUUUGAAUGUGCUGAUCGUAUUUGCAUUAUAAAAGGAAGCUACGAAACUGUACAUUUAGCUGAAGAAAUGAUAAAGUCUGUAAUUCAAAAUCAGCCUAUAAUUGAAACAUAUGAAAUGUUUAUUCCACAGAAAGCAUGUGGGAGAAUAAUAGGGAAAGGCGGUGAAAUUGUACAACAAAUGCAAGCAAUCUCUGGUGCAAAAAUCGUAAUUGAACACGUCUGUGGUCCAUAUGAUCCAAAUGGUGAGAGAAAAAUUGUUAUAAAAGGAACAGCUAAACAAAUUACUGCAGCUUUGGCACAAAUUCAAGAUAAAAUUCGCGAACAAAAGGAAGCACGUGCAAAGAUAGAAGCUUCUUCUGCUACAAGAUUGCCUAGAGGAAAAUUAUCUCCUCGUAACACUGUUAAUACAUCUGAACAAGUUCAGAGCACUGAAUCUUUACUAGUUUCUGAUGGUUUGAUGGAAGUAUAUGUGUCAGCAAUGGAAAAUCCUAGUCAGUUUUGGGUUCAAAUUGUUGGUCCUGGAACUACAGCAUUAGAUAAAUUAGUGUCUGAAAUGACUACCUACUAUGAUGAUGAAGAAAAUUAUGAAAUACAUAAGUUGAAAAAUAUAACAAUUGGUCAAAUGGUAGCAGCAAGAUUCAGUUUUAAUAAGCAAUGGUACAGAGCUGAAAUUAUUUCUACACCUGAAAAUGAUCAGUGUGAAAUUUUUUUUGUGGAUUAUGGGGACCGUGAAGUAGUUAAUCUUGAUUCCGUAUUGGAACUUCGAACUGACUUUCUACGCUUAAGAUUACAAGCGGUCGAGUGUUCAAUGGCCAAUAUUAAACCACCCAACUCACAACUAAUUAAGUUGCUUGUAUCUAAAAGGUAUCAAUUGCUUAAUUCACUAUCAUCCAUGUUACUUGAUCUUGAACUGCCAAUACCAGCUUCACAAACUUCAUUAAACAAUUCAGGGUUCACUCGCUCCAUCAUUUUCCACGCCAAACUUUUGUUAAGUAUCGUUAUAUUUUCCUCACAAUAUGCUAAACUUACUCUUUUAAGUGCAUCGCAGCGAAACUCGUCCGCAAUUAAAAGUCUGCUCGCUAUAUUUUCCGGAGUUAUCGUUUCGAUAAGAUUUCGUUCGCAGAGCUCCUUUAAUCCUAAAAAAGAGUGUGAUACAUAA